CAGUUACAGCUGGUAGGUUAUAAAUUAUAACUGUGAAACGUUUCUAGUACUGUAGACAUAAAGAAACAAAACUAGACACAAAACCAUAACAAAUGACCGCUCAUACUAGUUAACUAAUGGUGUUGAUUGUUAAUUGGACUUUUUAGGUUGCUAUUAUUAUUAUUAUUAUUAUUAGUGUUUUUACAACGAUAUUUAUUCCAGAAAUUAUUUCUAGAGGUUAUAUUACAGUAACGUAAAUAACAAUAAUAAAGAAUAAAGAAGUAUAUAAAAGAUUGAUGAAAGUGAACUACAAGAAUGAGAAAGUUAUUUUAGAUACUUCAGAAAGUGUAUGUAAAUUCUAUUGAUAACAGAAAUGAGUGAAUCUACAAAGUUGGCUGACCAAGUUUAUCAGGAAACAGAUGUGAAUCGGGCACAAAUUCAAUGCUUGAAAAAAAUUAAUGAAAAGAAAGAUUCUUCAAACAAUUUAACAGACAAAGAUGGAGAGAUUACUGAAAUAAAUACAAUAAAAAACACAGAGAUAAAGAUGGACCAGGACGGUCAUUUGAGUUUGAAUCAAAUAUUCAAUUUUCCAUUACUAAACAAGAAUGCAGUAACUUGGAUUGAUUGCACAAAUUUUUAUUUCUGCAAUUUAUGCAAAUGUUCUAUUCUUGGAAUAGAUGAAGCAUACAUCCAUAUAACUCAAAAUUUUCAUAAGCAAAAUUACAAUAUGAAAUCAUAUUGUAAAAAUAGGUACGACCGAAUUCAAAAAAAUGUAGAUAUUUUGAAUGAAUAUAAUCAAUACUUUUGGUGCUCAAAGUGUGAUGAGAAUAUAAAAAUUGAUUCAAUAUUGAUACAAUGUCACUGCUUAUUCCAUUUAUAUGAGAUUUUGCCAAAAUCACAUCAAGAUAUUUUUCAAUACUCUGUUGUUGAUAACAAACGUUCUUUAAAGUGUUCUUUGUGUAAUGUAACAGUAAAGAAUCAUCAAACUUUAGCAGAACAUAUAGAAACACCAAAACAUAUACAAAUAUUAGAUCUCUUAUACAGUAUGAAUAAAAAAGUUAAUUGGGAUGAUGUAGAAGAGCAAACAAUUAAGAAGAAAGUAAGUUUAAAGUCAAUUAAUUAUAAACCAGAGACAAAAUAUCUACAGAUUAGGAGCACAAAUGAACAUGUAGAUGAAGCAACUAGUGGAAAAAAUAAACUUAUUAAAUUGAAUAUUUCAGUAAUUGUAUCACAGUUGAUGAAACUUUUACAGUUUUUUAUCUGUUUGACAUGUGAUAAGAAAUUUAAGUCUUUAAAAUUAAUGCAGAAACAUUACCAAUCUUUGAAACAUAAAAGGGCACUCGACAAUAAUCAUUUAGUUAUGAGUGAUUCUGUUAAUAAUUUUAUUCAGCCUUUUAAUUAUACAAAGUUUUUUUUACGAUUAUCAAUACAUGGUGAUUGGAAACCAAAGCCAAAAGUAUAUCCAUCAAUACAGUCAAAUAAGAUUAAAAAAAAUAUUGCCUAUCAAGAAGAUGUAAAAAACUUUGGUAAUCAAUAUAUUUCUAUGUGCAUUGAAAAUAAUUUAGAAAAUACCUCAAGCAUCUACAAAUUAAAUAGCAAUGAACUGCAUCUAUUUAACUUGGGCAUUUCUUUAAUAUUUACUUUCCCCUCUUACAGAGUUUGCAUUCCAUGUAGUUAUAAACUUCCGUUAAAAUAUACAUUUGAGCAUUUACAAGAUGAAUUACAUUUAGAAAAUUUAUGUAAAAUGGAAGCAAAUGCUCUGAAGUCUUAUGUUAAAUUCAACUUAAUAACUCUUGCGAAAUCUUCUAUUGCUCUACAUAAUGAAUUAGAAGGUUAUUUAAAAUGUUUCACUUGUGAGGUAGAUAUCAAUAAUACUGAUUACGAUAUUGAAAAUCAUUUAAAAAAUAGAAACCAUAUUGUAAAAAUGAAUCUAGUUAUGUCUAAAAAAUAUACUCUUGAUAAAAUAUGGAAAAACAUUAUAAGAGACAUUUGGUAUUAUACAGAAAGGUUUUUUUGUAAUGUAUGUAAUGUAAACUACGACAGAGAAAUAAAUUUUGCAGUUCAUCUUAAUCAACCAAAACAUCUGAAAAAAGUAAAGAAUAAUAAAUCAGGUAGUAAAAUCAACAUUUGUUUUACUUGUUCGAGUUGCUGGUAUGGGGAACCUAGUUACAUUGAACAUUAUAAAAAGAAUGUUCAUGGCUGUUUCAGAAAUAAUUUUCACUUGUUUCUGAGAAAAUCAGCUUCAAGAUUACUUAGAAAUUUUGAUAAAACAAUGGAUAAUUUAAUGAUAAAAUCAUAUUUUUUCAAUCUAAAAAAAGAUAAAUUAUUGCUUCAAUUUAUUGAAGAAACAGUAAAAGUUGUAUAUCCAAAUGUCAAAGCUUAUUUGUUUGGCUCAAGAUUUUUAUAUCUUGGUUCAUCUUUGAGUGAUGUUGAUAUAUUCUUAGAAUGUGAAAAUAACUACACUGAGAUUGGGUCUCAAGAAAAAAGUAAACGAUUUAUAAAGAAUAUUUACAAAAAAUGUUUAAUAAAAGAAAAAAAUAUAUGGAAAAUUGAAACAGUUUUAUUAGAAACAAGAGUUCCAAUAAUCAAAUUGGUACACAAACCGUCACUUUUAAAAUGCCACAUUUCUUUUUUAAAUGGCUUGGGAGUAGAAAAGUCUAAAUUAAUAAGGAAUUAUGUGAUAGUAGAUGGUUUAUUUAGCUAUUUCAUAUGUUUCCUAAAAGCAUGGUUUAAAGCUUGUAAAUUGUAUGGAUCUAACUGUAUUAAUGGAUAUGCAGUAACUUGGUUUGCUAUUUUUUACUUGCAAGUUGAAGGUCAUUUACCAAGUGUAUAUCAGUUGAUUAGACAGAAAAAUGAAUCAUUCAUUGUAGAUGGUUGGGAAUGUGGAUAUUCCAAUAUCAAUAUUCCAAUAUCAAAGGAAACCAUUGAAAGUGAAUUUAACAUAAGGACGAUACUUCUAAAUAUGCUACGAGGAUUUUUUAAUUUCUAUGCAAAAUUCAAUUAUCGUGAGGAAGUUGCUUGUCCUUUUCUUGGGACAGUCAUGAAGAAAAAAGCAUUUGUUGAGAUAAAUAAAUUGCCACAAGAAAUGAACAAUUAUAAAGAACGGAUAAAAAUGGUAGAAACGGAACAUUUCAGAUAUGAUUCCCCAUUAGCAAUUCAAGAUCCUGUUGAACUGUCUCAAAAUAUAACAAAAGCUGUUACAAAAGCCCAAUUAAUACAAUUUCGGGAUUGCUGUUUUCUCAGUUUUAAAGAAAUCGAUCUGCAAAAUUAUUUUAAGGAUGUUCAGUGAUUAUAGUUAAAGUUAACAGAAAUCUUUGAAAUUCAAAUGUCGUUCUAUAGAUUAAGUAUAGGCAAAUAUUCUAUAGAUUAAAUAUAACAACUUUUAAGACAUCGCGAAACUCAUCAGCAUUACGGACCACCCACUUUCCGCUUAUCUUCAUGGUAUAGGAUAGGGCCUUUCGCUGUGCCCCCACCCCUUCACUUCAGAUCAUUAAAUAUCCUUAAAUUGGACAUUUGAUUUUAAACUAGCUAUUUUUUUACAACUGGCUAAAAUAUCGACGAAUACAUGUAAUCAUAUACACGUUGUUAACUUAUUUUAGAAUUUGUUAAAAGUUAGCAAAAUAGCUAUAUUAAUUACGAAGAGCACACGCCUCAAAAAAGCACUUGAAAAUAUCUAGUAUUAUAACGUGAAGUUUUUAAACUUGAGUAUCCUAACGAAUUUCUAUGAAUUAACAAAAAUUGAAAAAUGACAUCAAUUUGUGUGAU